ACUGUUUGUUAUUGUGACUCAUUCUAAAAUCCUUUAAGUACUUCACUUUAUUAUAUUCUGUUUUAACAUAUUUUUAUGUUUGAAAUAGAAAUGGAACAAUACAGCAAGAAAACAAGAUGUUUUAUGACAUUUAUUUUCGAAAUGUUUUGAAAGUACUUUGUUGACAAACAAAUUGUGAAUCAUUCUAAGAUCUACGGACAUGUCAAUUUUAUCAUUAUAGAUCUCAUCGAUAAGAUUCCUUUCUUUCUUCUAUGGUAAAUAUAUUUUAAAGCGAAUGUAGACAGCAAAAGGUAAGAAAAACAACGAACAAUAACAAUACUUGGUUAUUUAUUAUUGUUAUUCACAUAAUACAGUUUAAAAUUAUCUUUUAAAAAACUUUCGAGAUAACAACAAAAUAAACAUAUCGAAUCUGUGUGUUUAAUUUAUAUGUUUCUAAUAUAUAUGUGUAAUUUUUUAUAGACAAACUAACAAAAGUGUUGAUGUUGAAUACGAAAAGUAUGUAAUGCAGGAAGAAAACAAUGAUUUAAUGAUUUUCUCAGUCUUAUUCCUUUGUUUUUUACCUUGCAUCAUUAAAAAAAAAAAAAAUAAAUAAAUAAAUAUAUAUAAAUAGUAUAUAUAUAUGUUAUGUCCAAUGUUCAAACGUUGAAGAGCGAGAGGGUGUCUUGGCUACGCUUCUUCCCUCCCUUCUCUCUUUCUCUCUCAUGUCUCUCUCUCUCUCUCUCUCUCUCUCUCUCUCUCUCUCUCUCUCUCUCUCUCUCUCUCUCUCUCUCUUUGAACUUCUAACUGAUAAGAGACUUAUGCGCGCGCAGAAGCAAGAAGAACGCGUUUCUCCCAGCUCGAUUCGCGCCAUGCCCACUACCUUACCAAGUAGGACGUGGUGGGCAUCAAUUUCUCUCCCCUCUCCAACUUGAGUCUGACCUAAGUAUUCGCUUCGUGGAGUUCACCCCCUCCUCUCAUUUUCUUUCUCUGUCUUUACUUUUCUUUCUCUCUCUCUCUUUCUCUCUCUCUCUCUCUCUCUCUCUCUCUUUCUCUCUUUCUCUAUUUCUUCAGUUAGCCAAUACUUCCUUUUCUCUUCUAUUCUCUCUUUCUCUCUCUCUCUCUUUAUUUCUCUCCCUAUUUUCUCUCUCUCUCUUCUUCCCUUUCUUUUUCUCUUUGGUGCUCGCGCCACGUUCGCCACAGCUCGGGCUCUAUGUACAUAAUAUACACGAGCUCCGCUUUCGAUCAUAGAGCAGUGGCCAACGAGAGAGUCUCGUAUUAGAACGAGCGAGUAAAGAAAUUUUAUUUUCAACGACUCGUCGAUCGGUACUCACGCAAGCCUUAAUAUUUACUCAUUACGUUUCUCUCUUUUGCUUUGAACGUCUCGAAAGAUAUCAUUCGAGAGAAAUAAGCGAGAAAUUGAUAGAUAGAAAGAAAGAGAGAGUGAGAGAGAGAGAGAGAGAGAGAGUGAGAGAGAGAGCGUGUGUGUGUGAGAGAGAGAGAGAGAGUGAUAGAGAGGGAGAGACAGAGAGGGAGAGACAGAGAGGAAGGAUAAGAGAACGAGAAGGUUAACUUGUAAAUCUAGUUUUCUAUUAGAGGGAAAGGGAUAAAAGACGAAACGCUGAUAGUAAUUCAUUUGAUGAGCACGCUGGUUGUUAUAAUUUUCAUUGUGAUUUUUCUACUUUUCUGUUGAUUUGGACACUUCCAAAGAGAAAAAUGAAAAGAAGAAGAAGUGACGACUGUGGAGAACCCGAAGUGACCAAGUAUCGACAUCGUGAUUUUGUGACGGGUGUCGGGUGGUUUUUGGUGCCGAUUUGACACGAGGCCAACGUCGAAAAGCCGCAGGAAUAACAAGGACAUCUCGAUGAGUUUAAAAGUCAAGUUUAUUCUAAAUGAAAGCUCGUGAAACGAGUUUACGGCACAUAUUAAUUGAUUCCGUGGAUGGAACGAUGGAGCGAAACUCUCAGACGGGUAGAGAAGCCGUCGUGGAGGGUAUUAGACUCGAAGUUGUAGGAGGUAAUCCAGCAAUGAAAAAUGAAAUGGGUAAUCAUGAAAUUCUUCAACUACGAGAACAACAGCAACAACAGCAGCAGCUUGGGUAUAUUGUCAAAGAGGAAGGCGGGGAUGAUGUGGGCGUGCUGGAGGCGGGUCAUUCAGAAAUCGAAAAUGGCGUCAUGCUAGAACCAACCGGAGCUGAAGUGAUCACUUUGAAUGUUGCUACGAGCCAUCAGGAUGGUCCUAACCCUAAUUAUACCCUUCAUCAACUUGGCUAUCAGGAAGAACAUCAUAUUAUUCAUGAUAGAGACUAUUUAGAAGAGGGUUCGCCACGAUUUGGGGGCGGUGACAUUGACGUGAAGAAGGAGGAGCAGGAACAGCAGCAACAGGUCGCUCACCCCCACCACCAAAGUCAUCACCACCACCAUCACAAUCACCAUCACCUCCACCAACAUCAACAGUCGCAAGAGCAGCAGCAGCAGCAGCAGCAAACGCAGUACGCUCAGCUCGGGCCAUGCGAAGUCCCGGUUCCCGAAGGAGGGGAUAGUCGGCAUCCAACGGAGGUCUCCGUCCCUACUGAAGGAACUCGUACUGCCAGUCACAUGCCUCACUCCACGAUGCAUCGUUACGGUGGAGAAACGCUUUCACCGACUACUACGGAUCAUCCCCAUCAUCAUCAUCAUCAACAACAGCAGCAGCAGCAGCAACAUCAUCAUCAGUUAUCUGAAGUUCAUCAACAACAACAACAACAGCAACAUGGUUCUCAUCGUCAUUUGGAGGAUCAACAACAACAUCAUCAGGAAACUGAGGAAGAGGUUGAUAGAGUCGGUGGUAUUUCGAGAAGUGCACGUGGAGAUUUCAAUCUGGGUGUGCUUUUUCCAAAUCUCGGCUCGAACGGUACUGGUGCUAAUAGUGGAAAUGGUAAUACAUCUCAUCAUCUUCAUCAACAACAACAGCAGCAACAACAACAACAACAACAACAACAACAGCCACAACAACAACAUCAUCAUCACGCGAAUACUCAUCAUAUGGAGGACGUGCUACCGAACGAUCCCUAUCUUCAACAUCAAAUUCGUGCCGGAGGCGGUGCAACGAGUGCGAGUGGUGGGGUCACUGGUGGUAAUUCGCCGCCGAUUAGAACGAGAGGCUCACCAGGUUCCAGUCGUAGUCCACAUGACGAUCAUCUUUCCUCGCCGCAUCGACAUUCCUCAUCCGAUGGACCUAGUGCCUUCAGUCCGGCCGAUCAAGGAAGAUUACAAUCCUUUACCCAUCUUACCUCAAUGCAGCCUCCCAAUUCUGUACAAACUAAUCAUGGUAACCUUCAAGACGCUGAUCGUGUCACUGAUCAACUUUAUAUGGACUCUAUCUACACUCAUCAUACCACUGCUACUGGUCAUCAUCAUCAAGAACACGAGCAUGGUUCUUCUACGCCACACUCACCAGGUGGUAAUCUUUCCACUUCGUCGUUGUAUCGUACGAUGAGCGGCGUAGGGACGAUUGGUGCUGGUGCAGGGGCUACCAGUUACAAUUUACCAUACAUGACGAGUAGUCCUACAGAACUUUCAACUUCUCCUCAAUUGUGGAAUGCUCAAGUAACCGGUCUCAGCACAACUUUGCCAUCGCUCGGAGAGGAUUACGGAAGUAGCAAAUCUUCGACCGCGGUGACUCAUCAAGCAUUACCUGCUUUCUCGCAACCUUUUGGAGGAAGACCAAGUUUUCGUGGAUAUUCGCCGCCGUAUUCGUCUCAGCAAACGACUACGGGAAAUAAUACCGGGAGCGUUGGUGGUGACGCGACAUCCUGGACAUACGUUUCACCAUCGAACGAUGUCUCUCUGACAUCUCAAUACGGCGCACCCUCGAGAAGACAAACGGCCAAUCCCUCGACUACGCCUACGCAUAAUCAACUCAGUGCUGCAGCCAGCCUCACUGCGAUGCACAACAUCGAGGCGGAGUACUUUACGGAGGGUCGCGAGUGCGUGAACUGUGGGGCAAUUUCCACACCCUUAUGGCGAAGGGACGGUACCGGGCACUACCUCUGCAACGCAUGCGGUCUCUACCACAAGAUGAACGGAAUGAAUCGACCCCUAGUCAAACAACCACGUCGUCUGUCAGCUUCAAGGCGCGUAGGACUCUCUUGUAGUAAUUGCCAAACGACAAUGACUUCACUUUGGCGACGAAACUCCCUCGGUGAACCCGUUUGCAAUGCCUGUGGUCUCUACUUCAAGCUUCAUGGUAUCAAUAGGCCGAUGACAAUGAAGAAGGAUAGCAUUCAAACUCGUAAACGUAAACCUAAAGGCGGAAUGAAAUCUACCGAUACUCCAAUUGCUGGCAAUGUUGCACAAUGCACCAACAAUAACAACAACAACAACAACAAUAACAACAAUAAUUUAAAGCUAGAGCCAGAUAACUAUGAUUUAAGGAUGGCCCACUCCGUGGUACCUCAAGUUACAUACGCAGGUUCCCUCUACGGUAAUCCACAGUCGGGCAGUCGUAUAGUUUCCUAUCGUUCAACGACACCUAGCGGUCUUUACUACGACAUGAUUGCUUCUCAACAGCAACAACAACAACAACAGCAUCAGCAGCUCCUCGAAACUCAUUCUCCGAAAGUUGAAUGUCCUUCGCCACCUUGUGCAACACAUUCACCAGGAAUGAUGUCAGCGGGACACUCACCUGAUCAUCACCAACUUGCCUCACCUCAUAUCGUUACUCUUGGCAAUUCCUCGCCCAGUCCAGCAGGUAGUAAGAUCAUGUUGGACAAUGGGCAUCUUGAGAGACCCACUGUUGUUUCUAUAUCUUCUUAAAAAUCUCUAAUUAUUAUCGACGAGAUUAUAAUAAAGAUUUUUCGAGCUCGCCGCGGAAAAGACAACGACGAUUCUUCGAUAUACUGUGAACUUUUAUAUUUAUCGUUAGUAGUUUCAAUCUCGAUCCUAGUUGUUCUGUGAUUGAAUUUAACGAUUAUUUAAGUCUUGGAGAGGUAUAGUCAUUGCUAUAGUUAGUCUUUUCAGAUCAAAAGUGACAAAUUUAUUGAAUGUUGAUGAAAUGAAUCAUAUCGCUAAGAUUCAGGAAUAGUAAGCUCGUAAAGUGGAUUAUCCUAUUUGUUUUCUUUUAAGAAAUCAGACAAGAAAAUUUUGAUAUAAUGCAUAAGUACUUUUCUCUUGCGAUCACGGUACAAUACUUCGCUAUUUUGCAAGAUAGAUUUAGAUUUCAAGUAUAAUGUUGUAGUAAUAGUUAAGUUAAAAUUUAAGUAUCUCAAAAGUGUGUGUAUAUAAUGGUUUGGAUGGUGUUAAUUUAGGUUCUUGUAAAUAACAUUGUAAGUCUGAAUUCGAUGUCGUUUCAAAUUAUAUUACUCCUAUUCUUUGUCUUUCGAAGUCGAGAGAUAUAUCUUAAAGAUUCUAUUAGGAUAAAAGUGCAUAUUAAACAUUUUUUUUUCUUUUUUUUUUUUUUUACUUCAAAUCAAGAUUACAUUCCGAGAAAUUUUGAUCGAGAGAAAUUAGAAAAGUCAAAAAAAAAAAAAAAAAAGAAAAAACAAAAAAUAGUAAAAAUAAUUAACAUCUACUACCCUUUUCUCGAAUUUUUAAGCGUCGAUCUCAUUUCGACCGAAGCUAUGAGAGUUCAAUAAACUUGAGCUUCGUGACGUACGAUAACGCAAAGGCGUGCAAAAGUUAUCGCUUCAUAAUUUUUUUUUUUUCUUCUUUCCUUGUAAACAGUUGCGAAUAGGGGCCGAGACAUCCGGUAUAUAUGUAGGAAAUGUGUCAGAGUCAAUGUCAGAUCUUCUCCGCUUUGAUUUUUUAUUUUUAUUUUUUAUUAUUAUUUUUUUUUUUUCUAUUUUUAUUUCACCUCCUUUAAUGUACUUUUAUUUAUUUUACAUUUUAUUUCUUUUUUCUAUUUUUUCUUGACUUUUUUUUCUUUUUCUUUUUUCGUUAUCAAAGAAGAAUUUAUUGAAGCAGCUCUCCGAAACAAAUAACAAAUCUAACCUGACGCCUUUGCAUUUUGUAAAUAUUAUCGAAAAUAUGUUUAAGCGUUAAGAUUUUAUCUCUUCUGUUUUCUUUUAUUCUGUAAGAUUUAAGAAUUAUUUAUCUUAAUACAUAGUUGACCAGGAUAUAAUAAUAAAUAAUAUCAUUAUUGACGGCAAUUUUAUCAUUCCGGUAAUGUUUAUCAUUGAAUUAAAAAUUGUCAUUUAAAUAUUACGAAUUUAGAAAAAUUGGAAAUAUUGGAAUUAAGUAAACAUUAUGCAAGAUGAUAAACAAUAUAUACUAUUUUAUACAUUAAUAAUCGUAUAAGUCGUAUGUAUUUGCAAAAACGAAUAUAUCUGUGAAUUGGUCAAAAAUGUAUUAAGAUAUUAGAAAUAAUGAUUGUUGUAAGAACGAAGCAUAAAAGUUUCUCUCGCCGAUUAAUCGUCAGAGUACAAGAACCUAUCAAUAAUUUUACAAAUCUUAUAACUACAAUGAUAGUUUAUAAUGUAACGACAUUUAUUAAUAUAGUGACGGGAACACACCAUUGAAACAGUCUAUACAUUUUAUCCGGCUGACGAACAUGCUAAUAUAUUUCACGUAAUAUAUUUUUUUCAGAGUGUUGUAUCGGGUCAUAUCAGUUAUUUUUAAAUAAAAGGGAUAUAUAUAUAUUUAAAAGAUAAUCAAUACCGUCACUUUUUCGUAAUCGUUCAUAUAAGAAUUCCAACAGGAGUGGGAUAUAACAUCAAUGAAGAAACAUUUAAUGGAUAUCCAAUUUUUUUGUUCUUUUUUUUUCUUUUUUUUUUUUUUACAUAUUUAUUUAAACAAUUAGUAAUUAUAAUACAUCGUAAAUAAUUAAUAAUAUUAUAAAUUUACAAUUAUAUUAAACUUACACGUUUACCUUUAAAUAAUCUAACGGAAAAUAAAUUAAAUUGAAUGAUUAUAAAAUGAAAGAAAGAAAGAAAGAAAGAAAAAAAAAACAAAAAAGAAAAAAAACGAUCGAGGAAAUUUUAUAUGGAAAUAAAGGUAUAAAAGCGGGAAGAAUUUGAAAAUUAUUUAGUAGGAUAAACGAAAGUAAUUUGUAUGUAUGUACUUUUGUUCGAAUUAUAGAACUUCCAUAUAUUAAAAUAAA